AUGAAAAAACAAGCAGAGAAAAGUGAUAGUCAAGAAACUGUUCGCAGUGAAUCGAGUGAAGAUAAUUUGUAUCUUGUAGAUUAUAUUGUUGAUCAUAGGUUUACAGAGGACAAUCGUAUUCAAUAUUUGAUUAAAUGGAGAAAUUACGACGAAAAAGAAAAUACUUGGGAAUCAGUGGAAAACAUUUUAGAUGAUGAUUUAAUUAAAACAUAUUGGGAAUUAAAAUCAAAAGAAUUUAAAGAAACUACUAUUAACGAUUCAACUGAAAAAGAAAAACCUCGAAGACGGAAAGUACGUCCUAAAUCAUCAGCGCCCAAUGGUCAUAAUAUUCCACGGUUCUUUGAUCCGGAUUGGGAUAAUUAUGUUAAUAGUAUUGUUACUAUGUUUCGAGAUCCUUGGGAUAAUGAAAUAUAUGUUGUUAUUUUGUGGAAUAAAACCGAAUCUUUGCAUCAACAUACCGUACAUACGUUAGCAGAAGCUAGGCGAAGUGCAAAUAUAUUAGAUCCUAAUGAUCAAAAAGGCAAGUCAGCGAUAGCGAAGGUCAAACGUUCGCCAUUAGAUUUUUCAAUAACUAAUACUGAUCCCAAAAAACGAAAACGGAAUGCAAUGUGGAAACUUAAGAAAAGGGCGGCGAAAUUGAAAGAUAACUUGAAAGUAACCCUGAAACAACUUGAAAAUUCAUUGAAUUUUAGAGAAAUGUUGAUAAUAAAUAACGAUAUAACUUUCAAUAUACCUGUUUCGCUUAAAGCAUUUUCAAUUUCUUUAAUUCUUUCCAACAUUUUCGCUCAUGUACCCUUAGAACGCGAAGUUUUACCUUUUACUACAGUAAGUCGUUGGUGGAAUCAAUUAGCUACCGAACGAUUGUGGUAUAAAUUUCGUGGAUUGAGAAAUGAAUCUCGUACUCAUUCUUUUGAAAAAUUUUUAAAAACUCUAAAGUUUGCAAAGGAAGGAAAAUGUUUUCAUUAUUAUGGUAAAUACCUUAGAAUAUUAGAAUUAGAUAAGUUGAAUAUAAAUUAUCAAUUAAUUUUGGAAACUUUAGAAUGUUGUCCUAGAAUUGAAGUAUUUUGUAUUAGUGGUGGUAGAAUAUUAAAUAAAGAUCAAAUCUAUGAAAUCGCCGAACGAUUACCUAAUCUUCGAUUUCUCAAAUUUCCUGAAACAGUGGAUAUUUAUGAUGGACAAGCAAUGAAAGCACUGGCAUUACAUUGUCCGUAUUUAGAAGAAUUAGAAUUAAAAAAAGAUAUUAUUUGUGAUGGGGAAGUUUUACUUUCGAUUGUAGAGAAAUGUAAAAGAAUUCGUCGAUUGAAUAUUUACGAAAAAAAUUACAAUGAUGAUAUUAUGAUUCCAGUUUUUCGAAUGAUUCCAAAUUUAACAACAUUAACACUUUAUCAAUGCAUUUUUGUGAGCGAAGAAUUUCUUUUAAACAUUUUUAAAUUUUGUCCUAGAAUAACAACACUAAAAUUAUCCAAUAUAACAGAAAUUACAACAAAAUUAGUAUUAGUCACAGCAGAUCAUUACAAGAAUUGUUUAAAGAUUACGUUAAUUAAGGUUGAAAGACAAUUAGAUAGUAGUGUAGAAGCAUCAGAAAAAGAUUUGAGAGUUCAAUUGUAUGAUUGUGAUUUGGGGAUGAUCAUUAAUUAUUAUAUUCAUAAAAAAGAAAAAUUAAGAGAAAUGAGAUUGGAAGAAAUUGAAAUUACUCAAGGAUGCUUUGGAAUUAUUUGUAAAGGUUUAGAUUUAUACAAAUUGGAAUUAGUUAGUAUUACUGGAUUAAAAAAAUUGGAUGUAUUGAAAUUUCUUCCAGAAUUAAAAAAUCUACAGAACUUUUUUGUAAGAUUUGCUACGAUUUCUGUCGAACCGAUAUUAGAAGAAGAUAAUAAUAAAAUUUUUGAAAUGUGUCCUUCAUUGGAAUAUUUCCAAUGGCAUUUUCAAAAAUUUUCUAGAAAUGAACAAUAA